CAGUCAAAAAAAUUAAAUUUCACAUUAUAAUAUUUAUCAUUAAUAUCAUAUAAAUUAAACGCAUUAUUAUAUAUAAUUGAAAAUUUGAUUGAAACAAAAAUUUAUUGAAAAAUUUAUUUAAAAAUAUUAAUCUAUAUAAUUUUUAUGCAUAUAGUAAUCAAACGGUAAGUAUUUUAUUCUUUUUAAUUUGCUUAAGAGAAAUAAUCUUUAUAAAUACUUUUUGUAUGAAAUUAAUUUUUCAACGUAGAGGCAUUGCGCGCACGAAAAUCGAGAAAUCGAUAGAUCGAUCAUUCGUUCGUUCUGCGUCGCGAGUACUAUCGACUGCAUCUAGCUACUUCGUGUGUGUACUGUGUAAACUGUGUUGGUGGUAUUGCGUUUCCGUGUUAUGCUUAUAAUUUCGCAUUAUAAUAUCUAAAUAAGCAAAGAAUAUGAUGAAAUCUAUACCCGAGAGGUGGUUGGACUAUAAACCCUAUGGCACAGUGAUCAGUGGUACAAAAAUUCUUCCCUUUAAAGUUCCAUUAAAAGAGGCACUGUGCAACAAGCUAGAGCCGAAAGAACGAUUUACAACGUCGGUACUGCUUGAAGCAUUUCCACGGCUCAAGUACAUCAUCGAUUUAACAAAUACGGAUCGUUACUAUGAUAAAAAGGAAUUUACAAACUCUGGUGUCAAAUAUGAAAAAAUUAUGGUUUAUGGCCGGGAAAUUCCCUCCAUGGACUUGGUGAACAGAUUCUUUAAAACGAUGGAUGAUUUUAUGUCAGCUUGUGGUGAAGACGAUAUUGUGGGAGUUCAUUGCACUCAUGGCGUAAACCGUUCGGGAUAUCUUAUUUGUAGGUAUCUUGUACAGCAAUUAGGUUGGGAAGUCGAUACCUGUUUAAAAGCAUUCGAAGAGGCUCGUGGCUAUCAGAUCGAGCGUAAAAACUAUAUAAACGCGUUGCAGAGAAUACCACGCGAGAAAAGCAAACCGGGUAAAAUCAAAGCGCGACCGAGGGAUUGGCUUCCACAUCCAAUCCAACCAUAUACGAUGGGGCCGCCAGGUCUCGUAGCACCGCGACGCGGUUUCACAAAAGACGGUCCAUUUUCGUUGCCACAUUUCGGUUUUGGCGGUCCGCCAGUAGGCUUUCGUCCUAUGCUACCUCCACCUGGCAUGCCGCUGGUACCACCGCCACCAGGUCCUUCGUCUAUGUACGGACCGAGGUCAUUCAGGUACAGACCGCCACUGCGACCAGCCAUGUGUCCACCGCCACCUCGACCAGGUUUCGCAUUCCCUAUUCCAGGUUUUCCGCCACCAUGUCCGUCCAGAACACCCGCUGGAAGGUUACCUCAUGUUCCACCAGCUCGGUUACCACCGCCAAAAAUCCCUCCACAUCCCCUCCCACACUCUUCGUCAACGCAACCUGUCGUUUUGAAGCGAUUGCAAGGGCAAAAACGAAAGUCGCACGUACGAAAUGGCAUUCUGUCGCUGUCUAGAAAUCCCGCCGGUGUUAUUAGGCAAAAUAGCCAAAUGAGUAGGAUAAUACCGAAGUUAUUGAAAGAACAGGACUUCACAGUAGAUACGUUCGAAGAAAAUUUACUCGCCGUUUCGACUCAGUCGAACAGGCGGCCAACGAAAGAAAAGUUCAAUCAAACCAAGUGACGACGUGCCAUUUAGGAGUCAUGAUACAUUUACUUAAAUGUACAACAUCCUGUGUAAUUCGCUGUUACCGAAAUUCGCAGUUUUCUGCGAUGGUUUCGUUAACCGUUAAAGGAAUAAGCAGUUGCGAGAAUGGACAACGGCUACUAAUUAACACGAUUAUGGAAAUUUGUCUGACUUGGACAGCAAAGAAGCAUAAAGAUAUACUUUGAGUGUGUUUAUAUGAAAUGUGAAAACUUGUACAGUACGAUAGAUGGCCAUCCUACACGACCCCCUUUACUCGUUACCCCAUGCAACAUGUUCCUUGACACUAUUUUGACGAGUACUUUCAUCAUUUCUGAGAAUAAAUACACUUUGUCGAUGA